AUGGCGACGCAGGUGUUGAUUGCCCACACGGGCCAACGCCUCGAGGUCGACGCGGCGCAGUUUUCAACACUCGAUGACCUGAAAUCAUGGGUGGCCCGUAGCAGCUCUGUGUCUCUUCAGCAUAUGGUAGCUCUCACUCCCCAGGGACGCAACGUCAAGUUCGCCAGCCUGCACUCCGAGAAAGAGAUUUACAUCUACGACGUCCGAGUAACGCAGCAGAUGACGGCGUCGGGCACCCCUCCUCUUAUCUCCGAUAUCCCUCUGCCGCGGCGUCUGUCCGUUCCGGCUGCGCCCAACUCGAUCGAUGACGUGCAAGCCAUUUCCUCAUGGCAGCACCUGUACGAGGAACGCCGCAGCUGGGCUCUCCGGCUGGCAGACAACUGCUCUCGCACCAACUCGGCCGUCUUAGCCCGCUAUGAUGAGAUCGAUGUCAUACUCAAGUGCCUGGACGCGGCGGUCGCCAACCUCGAGAUAAGCGUGAAACAGAUCGAACCUAAGUACACGGAGCUCAAGAAAUGGGUGGACCCUGCUCUGUCGGAGCACGAACGGCUCGCGACCGAGUGGGAGCAGUAUCUUGCCUUGGCUCGUAACAUUUCCGUGUCGCCCUCCAUGGUCAAGUUCAUGACUAGGGGCGAGGUGACCAGGGCUGACGUGACUCUCGAGGAUCUGGUUGAACCCGAGACGGCCAGGAAGGCUGGCAAGCUCGCGCCGACCGCGCGCAGAAGGUUCGGCGACAAGGCCGCCGAGCUGGACAGGCUUGCAACUCAGAUGUACCAGGGCUUCGAAGGACUUGCCGCCGACUUUGACAAGCUCAUGGGUCGCUCCGUUUUAGGACACAGCACCGACUCGGCACAGCUCCUCCAGGACAUUGAAGCCGUCGCCGGCCAGAUCGAUGCCGAUUACCACACCUCCCUCAGCUACGGAGGCUCGCAGCGCGAUCUCGCUCAAGCCUCAAAGACAGCAUCCAAUCACACCGAAAGACUAGUCCCAUCGCUCAAGAAGCGCGCCAAGGAAAUGGACGAGAUGAUGCAGUAUGCGACGCGCGCGCGAAACAACCUCGUCCACGAAUCUGUCGGCUUCAUGCAAACCAUCACUGACAUCACGGCGCUUCACAGCGGCGUCAAGAACCAGAUCAACAUCCUGAAUCAAUCGGAAGACGACAUGACAACAUUCGACUACCUUCGCCUCAUCCAUCAACUCCCUUACAUGUAUGCCUCGUUCGUAGUAGAGGCCAUUCGCCGCCGGGAAUGGGUCGACAAGAUCAGGACCGACUCUUCGACCCUCGCUAAUGAAAUGGCCUUGUUCCAGGAUGAAGAAGCGAAGCGACGCAGAAGAUGGCAGAAGAUGAUCGGCAGCAUGUACGGGCCAAGUUUGGACACCACCGUCGUUGGACUCGAGGUCAAUCUGCUUGGAGAGGACGUGCCUUGGCCCGCCAUGACCAAGGAAGAACUGGACGAGUUCCUUCAAAGUCUCCAGGAUCAGGACACUGAUCCCACGAUCCUCGAGGACGUGGGAAAACUAGUUCAAGAGCUGAACAGUCCCACGAAACAACAAUUCAGGAGGCUCAAGGCGUUCAAGAACGGCAGCGUCCACGAAGCAGCCCUCGGGCGGAGCGGGCUCAUGAUUCGUGGCGAUGAUGAACUCAUUCGUACCCUGCAGGAGGACAAGUCGAAGCUUGAAAAGGACCUCCGCCGCGCCUCUGACGGGGCCGAUUCCUUGCUUCGGCGGAUUGAGCAGCUUGAGAAUGAGCUCCGCGACGAGAAACAGCGCGCUGCCAAGUUUGAAAAGGAGCUGAGCGUUCGGAACACACAGCAUGAUGACAUGAAGGACCAGAUUCAGGAAGUCAAUUCCACGAAGAAAGACCUGUUGGAAAACAUGGAGGCUCUGAAGCGCGAGUUCUUGGAUGAACGCAAGUCUUUGGAAGACGAGAUCAAGACGUUGAAGGCUCGGCUCGAGGACACGGAGGACGACAUGGAGCAUUUUGGCGAGUCGCGCGAAAACGAGAAGGCCGCCUAUGAUGAAAAGAUUCAGAUUCUCGAGGCUGAAAUCGAGCGACUCGGAAAGGAGCGGGAAGACGAUUCGCUUCAAGCUCAAGGACAGGUCGAGCUACUAAUGAAAGAGUCCCAUAUGCAGCGAAAUCAGCUCGAUGCGAAGCUCGAGGCCGCCCAAGAGACCGUCGAGGACCAGGUCCAAGCUUUGAGGAAAAUACACGGCGAGGUGGCUCCCGGUGCUUCCUUGUCGGCCAGUCUAGUGGACCUGACGGACUCGCUGCAGCUCCACGCAGGAGACCUCUUGGCCAAGUUACGAGCGGCGGGAAGUGAUUACGCUCUCGUCAAGGCAGAUCUCGGACAGGCCCUUGAUUCGGUUAAAGAGCUCGAGGCAGAGGUAUCCGAACUGAAUGGCAAGUUGAAGGCCGCGGAAGAAGACGGGAGGGGGCUUCGUGAGAACCUCGCGGAGGAGCAAGCCAAGACCGUCGCCCUUGAGAAAGAGGCUGCUGAGAGUCGAGGCCAGCUAAGCGAGUUGCGAGGCCAGUUGUCCGACGGAGAGACAGGCUCAGAGACGCUUCGCAAGAAGCUCGAAGCAGAGGAGAAGAAGACGGCCGAGCUCGCAGAGGAGUUGGCGUCCCGUCAGUCGCACAUGGGCAGCCUCCAGGAGGAACUCGAUGCGCUCAGGCAGAAGGCGGAAAGCCUUGACGGUAAACUUUCUGUUCUUACUAGUCGAUGCGAAUCUCGCGACGGAAGGACAAAGGACUUGACGCAGAGGCUGUACACACAAAACGACCGCCUCGUGCGUCUUCUCGAGCGCAUCGGAUAUUCUGUGAGUCGCGAAGCUGGGCAAAUGGCAAUCAAUAAGAUUCCGCGGUCUGAGAGGAGCGCCCCAAACCCCAAUGACUCUUCUGACCCCGGAUCCAACCUUCGUCGUUCGACCAGUGUCGGCACGGGAGCGACGGGCGACAACGCCGAUCUCGGACUCUUGUACUGGAUGAACAGUACAGACGGGUCGGCGGAGGCGGACAAGUACGACUCCUUUGUACGAAACUUUGGCUCCUUUGACAUGGACCUCUUUUCCGACACGCUGUACCUCCGGAUCAAGGAGGCGGAACACAAGGCUCGAAAGUGGCAGCGAGAGGCUCGAGCAUAUCGGGACCGGGCACACACCCUUCAAAAGGACGCUCACGACAAAAUCGCGUUUAGACACUUCAAGGAGGGUGACCUCGCUCUCUUCCUGCCAACGCGCAACCAGCAGGCAGGCGCAUGGGCAGCGUUCAACGUGGGAUUCCCGCACUACUUUCUCCGUGAACAAGAGGCGCACCGGCUUCGUCAUCGGGAAUGGCUCGUGGCACGAAUCUCUCGCAUUCAGGAACGCGUGGUGGACCUGUCAAAAAGCCUCCAGCCCGCCAACGACGCCGAAUCCAUGAACGAGGAUGAGAACGACAACCCCUUCCAGCUGUCAGACGGUUUGCGAUGGUAUCUCAUUGAUGCUCACGAGGAUAAGCCCGGCGCCCCGUCCACUCCUGGCAUGGGAAAGUCGACGGUCGCGGCGAACAAUGUGGAGGCGACGGCCGAUAUCCAGUCGCACACGGCCAAGGGAAAGGGCAGGAGCCGCGACAGCGUGACAAGCAUCGAGGGCAUUAACAAGACGCUCUCGAAAAGCUUAGACAGCCGUCGGAGUAGCUCGGGCUCCAAGAAGGCUCUGCCGUUUCCGACGGUUGGCGGCGCCGCCUUGCUCAAGAGCAGCGCACUCGCGAGCGAGACCAACUCACUGCGGGCGGCGGCGCCAGACACGCCGGCCGGGACGAGUCCUGUGCAGGGAGGCCUCCUCACAGCCAGCAACGCGCAUGCCGAUCAACGAGCCCGGGCCGAGGCGCGCCGCGAAAACACGCCUGGGGCGGACACGCAGAAACAGGCGGGCGAGUUAGGUUCAGGCGGCGGGAAGUCGUCCGAGGUACGAAACGUCGACUCCCUCCUGGGGCCAUAG